GAUGCAAUCCCGAUAGGAGUCAGCAAGAAGGCCUGCUACUGUUGUCACCUCCUCGCCCGGAAGCUCGCCUCGUCGGAACUUGCUGAAAACCACCCCACCAAGUUCAUCCUCCCAGGGACUCAUGCGACAGUCUUUCCUUGGGUCCCCCCGGACGGCCUGCCCUUGGCGGUCCUCCAGAGUAUCAGGGAUGACCUGAAGGCGGUUCUGGCGCAAGCUAUCAACAGGACUCUUCAGGACACCGGCUCGGCGCAGAGCUCGCCUUUCAGCGCAACGUCUGAACUAGAGGACGAAGAUUGGGCGGAGGCCGCGAGGGCGGUCAUAGAGGCGGAGUUGGCUGAAGAGUAG